GUGAGCCAGGGCAUCGUAUGUAAUGUAAACAUUGUGGUCAGGAGGAAUGCAUUUGGACAGUAGGUGGUAGGUGCUCGAGGAUAUUAUCAUGAGCGGUGAUACUGAUAACGUGGCGGGCCCGCGCCUCAGUCUGCGACGCGAGAGCGCGCGGAGCGGUCGCGUGCUACGUGUGUGUCGGCCGAGUGACGCGCGGAGCUGUGUUCGCGCUCGCGUACGCGCCGCAUUCCAUCGUGGGAGCCCUUCGCCGCCAUUGGCCGAUCCCGCGUGACGUCACCCUCGUAAUGAGGUAUUCAACAUGGCCGUGUAGCUAGUUCGCGAGUGUGCUUCGUUAUUCGUUUGAAUGGAUUUAAUCAGUGAAAUAUGCCAAGGAGACGAAACGGUGAGAUACCCUUGCCCGACGGAUGGGAUUACGCGAGGGACUUUGAUGGAAAACUGUAUUUCAUCGACCAUAACAGUAGAAAAACGACGUGGAUCGACCCGCGAGACAGAUACACAAAGCCCCAAACUUUCGCGGACUGCAUCGGCAAUGAACUGCCCCUGGGCUGGGAGGAAGCAUACGAUCCACAAAUCGGCCCGUAUUACAUCAAUCAUGUCAAUCAGGUGACGCAGCUUGAAGACCCUCGGCUAGAAUGGCUGGGCAUCCAGGAGGCGAUGCUGAGGGACUACCUCCACACCGCUCAGGAGGCUCUAGAGGCAAAGCGGGAGAUGUACGAUGUGAAAAAGCAGAGGCUGUGUCUGGCGCAGGAUGAGUACAAGCAUCUGAACAACGCGCUAUCUACCCUUGCCGCGUCUCGGACUAGCUUAUGCUCGUCGACGACAUCCGUGACUACGACAUCAACGACGUCACGUCAUGACCCGGAGUUGCUGCGUUCUGAGGUGACGCAGGCGCGCGGGCGGGUUGCGCAACUCAGGAAGGAGCUGCGACAGGCGAGAGCUGAGGUUGCGAGCGCAAGACGAGGAGUUGAUACUCUUGUUGAAGUCGAACAAAAGUUGAGCGCUAACCAGGGAUGUUAUAACAUCACCGAAGCUCAGGCGAUAAUGACUGAGCUGAAGAACAUCCAGAAAUCUCUUACGUCAGGGGAAAAGGAGAGAGCAGACCUCAUGCAAUCACUCGCCAAGCUAAAGGAUGACUUAACAAGGCUGCAAUUAGCAGACGCCUCUCCCGACCUUUCAACAUUAAGUUUGCCCCAAGAAAAACUAAGCACUGCCUCCCAAACAGAUCUUUGUGCGGACUUAGUCCCAAUCGGAACUAGAUUAGCAGAAAUGGCGCGGGUUCGCCUUCAAUAUGACGACGCUAGGAAAAGAAUACAACAAAUUCAGCAACAAUUAGCCGAUUUAGAAGACAAAGUCCAACCGGGACAAGCCGAAUCAGACAAAGAUCGACUCUUACUAUUCCAAGAAAAGGAACAGCUUUUAAGGGAGCUAAGGAGUAAAACUCCAAGAACGAGAUCGAAACAGGAGAUGAGCGAUAUACAAUCCGAAUGCAAGAGAUUAGAGCAGGACUUGAAAAAUGCAUUCGAAAUGUCCAAUAAGUGUAUAGCAGAUAGAUUGAGGCUACAUGAAGAGAAACAAUUGUUGUUACAGCAGUUGAAAGAUGCUUUGACGUCUAUGACGACGCUAGAAGGGCAAUUGAAGACGUUGUCAGCGUCUACCUUGUCUGUAUCGAGCAGUUCGAGUUUAGGGUCUCUUUCUACUGCGAGUAGUAAAGGAUCUUUGAGCUCGGGUAUAAGCUUUACUGAUAUCUACGGCGGGCCGCAGAUAGCCAGUACGUUUCAAGCGGACAAACCUAUUGAUAUGGUGGAUCUUCAUAGACGAGUCGAACGGUUACUUCGAGGAGCCAGUUUCAACGCGGACAGUGCAACGCCCGGUACAAGCAGUUCUCCUUCUCAGCCUUCUCUAUCGCCGAGAAGCAGUCUAUCGUCCUCUAGUCCACCACCUCCCCCACCUUCUUAUAGCCAGGUGGAAAGACAAAGGCGACAGCAGAGGGAACUGGAAGAAAAGCUAGCAGAAAUGAGGAUAGGUGUCGCGACAGGGUUGAACGAAGUCACUGGACUAGCAACCAUCCCCGUACAACUUCAAGGCCCUGGUCGGCCGUGCGAGCCUCUCUCUCCAAUCUCCGAAACGCCACCUCCACCGCUCUCACCAAGAACUCCCUCAUCUAGUGGUACAAAUACUAGAUCGGUGUCGGCAGCAGUGAGCGACGAAUCGGUGGCGGGCGACUCCGGCGUGUUCGAGGCCGCGCAGGCCGGGGAUGCUUCCAACGCUGUGAACAGUGCCCAAAUUGAGAUCAAAUUGCGUUAUUGUUCCGACGAGAGCGCGUUAGAAAUUGGCAUCCUGAGGGCGCGUAACCUUCACGCCUUGUACAUCGAUAUGGGGACUGAAGUGGCAGUCCGUGGGGCGCUAGUAGUUGGCGGAGGUGGCGGGGUCGCCUUCAGUACAACGGCGCUGGCGUGGCGCGGCGCAACUCUGUUGUGGAGAAAGAAUCAAAGGGCUUCGUUAGGUCCAAGGGCUCUCAGAGCCGCUACCUUGCAGCUGAAUUUGGCUGCCGGAGCUGAGUGUUUGGGUUGUGCACAAGUUAGUUUGGCGGAUUUCGACCCGGAGAAUGUGUCCCAGAAGUGGUACAAUGUGCUGAGCUUCAGAAGUAUGAGAAGGGAUGAAAGUUCUGAUGAAUCUACCGUCAUAUCUUCGCAGACGUCUACUCUCACUAGGAAUAGAGGUCCUGAGAGUAUGACGGGUGCGGAGUGCAACGUGGACUGUGGAGACAAUUCAGCUUCCGAAGACGAGGAGUCCAGAGAACCACUAAAUCAGAUAGUAGAAGAGGACUCAUUCGAAGACUACAUUCCUGAAGAGGACAUACCCUUAGAAGAUGAGUACUUACAUCCCCCCACCGCGGAAAAAGAGACCAACACCGAAUGUAACUUCUGUCCAGAAGGGAGACAACUGCAUAGAAGGAAAAGUCAACAAGUUAGCUCAAACCCCGAAGAGUCGUUAGCGACUAUAAAACGAUCUCAGACGUUCUCACCGCAACCUCAGGGCAUCGGCAAAGGGCAAUACAUUUGCAGACUAAAUCGUUCGGAGUCUGAUUCCUCGAUGGCGCAGUACGCGAGACGGGUGACGUUACAGCCUCCACCUGUGGGCAUUCCCUUCGACAGGAGUGUUCGAGAGAGGAGGUCCUUGAGAUGGGGCCGCGGUCGAGGCGUCGCUGCCCGCCGGGCGCCUACCACGCGGUCCAAGUCAGCAAGAACCUCCCUCGACUUGUCUCUGGACUUGAGGGCGCAGCACACUCGCCUGGCUGACCUGAGGCAGGAGAUCUCUCAUCUCACGCAGCUAAAAAAGAGAUUAGAAGAAGCCUGUGCUCGAGGCGACCCAGCAGUAGCCGCGUGGGUGGCUGAAGACGAAACUCUUCGGCGACUCAUUUCAGCACCAGCGGAAUCCGGAGACAGGGUUUCCAGACUCUUCCACCGUACUUGUCGAGAGAUCUACCGCCUGAGGAAGUCCAGACAGGGAGGCAGGAAACCGGAUCUGGUCACCUUCAAAGAAAAGAUGGCAUUCUUCACUCGCCAAAAAUCGACAGUGCCACUACCAGACGAAGAAGGCGACCUUUCCGAGGAUGACUGGGAAGAGCUGGAGGAAAGGCGUACCCCAGAUGGCCGCUCCUCAAAAACCUCAUACGAGCUCCGCAACCCAGGGACCAGCCAAGAACCGAUAGUGGAAUGCAAGAACCCGUGCAUCCCUGAACCAUGCUAUGAGAACUUGCCCGUGAAGAAGGAAGAAGAUGAGGAGAAGACUGAGGAUGUGAGUUAUGAUUUUGUUGUGGACAGAGUUCUGGGUGUUCAGGUCUAAAUGGGAAUGGGUGAUUUUGACUCGGCUGUACUCAAACUGUAAAUGUUAAAAAUGUACUGUAAAUGUUAAAAAUGUACUGUAAAUGUUAAAAAUCUAUUUUUGAUUUGAUAUUCCCCUUUGCUCUUUAAAUAUUCUUGGUACUUUUGAACACAUACCAGUUUUACGGAUAGAUUGCUCUAUCUAAAUUUU